AAAGAAAUAAUAUCUACAGAACUCGAGUUCUCUCUUCUGCUACGGUGGAAUUCUCUCUCUCUCUAAAAUCAUCGGAAAUGGUUCUGUUGGUGACGGACCCUCUCUCUCAGCUAAGCUUGCCACCCGGUUUUCGGUUUUAUCCGACCGACGAAGAGCUCAUGGUUCAGUAUUUGUGCCGGAAAGUCGCCGGACAUCAAUUUACCCUUCAAAUCAUUGGAGACAUUGAUUUAUACAAAUUCGAUCCUUGGGUUCUACCCAGUAAGGCGAUAUUUGGAGAGAAGGAAUGGUACUUCUUUAGCCCAAGAGAUCGGAAGUACCCAAAUGGGUCAAGGCCUAAUAGAGUCGCCGGCUCUGGGUAUUGGAAGGCCACCGGAACUGAUAAGACCAUAACAACACAAGGACGAAAAGUGGGUAUCAAGAAAGCUCUAGUGUUUUACGUGGGUAAAGCACCAAAAGGAACAAAGACCAAUUGGAUUAUGCAUGAGUACAGACUCUCAGAACCUCAAAAAAAAAAUGGAAGUUUAAGGUUGGACGAUUGGGUUUUGUGUCGGAUUUACAAGAAGAAUUCAAGCGGCCAAAAACCCAUAUCUGAUGUCCAAAGCAUAGAACAUAGCCACGGCUCAUGUUCGUCGCCUUCGUCUCAAGUUGACGAAAUGCUCGAGUUCGAGUCUUUGCCGGAAAUUGAUGACCGGUUUUUCACGCUGCCGACAAUGAACUCGCGUAAAGCUAUCCAGCCAGAUGAGAAGCUGAACCUGCAGCGCUUGGGUUCUGGGAACUUUGAUUGGGCAAGUCUAGCUGCAUUUAAUUCCUUGCCGGAAUAUGUCUCCGGCGUUCAGGCUCUGGCGCGUCCAACUCAGGGACAUGUGAAUGACAACAACAAUAAUAACAAUCAAAAUGGCGUUUAUGUUCCUUCUAUUCCACAGAUUUGCCAGGUGGAUUCGAAGUUUGAAAUUUUAGAUGAAGAGAUUCCAAGUGGAUGCAGAACUAUCUCGGCGUACUUCCAACAGAACCCUAACUCAUUCCCUCAAAAUUACCACAACUCGGUUGACCCGUUUGGCAUUGGGUACCCGACUAAGCCCGGAAGCUUUGGGUUUGGGCAGUAAAGAUUAAAACUUAAACUUAAUUAGAAUAAAAAAUUAUUAGGGGUGAAAUGGUCUGUAUAUAUCCGGCAUCGGUAAUACUGUAUUGAUCAAAUUUAAAGAUUAAAUUAAGAGCCAAAUGACAUGGUAGGAUAUUAUUUAGAAUUUUUAUUGGGGUUCAAAUGACAUAAUAUCAAACUAAUUGUCAUGUCAUUUAGGCUCUUAAUUUGAUCUUAAAAUUUGAUUAAUGUAACAUUACUCAUCUGGCAUACUAUUUAGACUGACAUUUGGGCUUUGAGUCCAGACCCGGAAGACAAUUCAUUGUUGGUUGGUUGGUUGAAGCACCAGAAGAGCAAACUUGCCAUUUUUUUCUCUUUAGACUCUGUAUGUUCAAUUUUGACAGAGUACCAAAUUAAAUCUCAUGUUGGGAAUUGGGAUAGCAUAGUAUUUUGAAGUCUGUAUUUUGAACUUGGUGCAAGUAAUUUUAAUCUCUCUCUCUCUCUCCAAGGGUAUUUUGGUGACAUAUUAGGGGACAAAAAUGAAUCAAAUUGUGUAAUUUAAUUGAAUUCGAAUGUAAUAUUAAAUUUUAUUUUAAACGAAUUGACAUAUCUUUGGCUCGUUCAAAAAAAAUUUGGAAGUAGAGAUGGUGAUAGAUCAAAACAGGGGGAGUAAAAAUGUGUACUAUAUAAAUAUUGGUGGCCCUAAAAGUUUCUUUCAAAAAAAAUUUGGAAGUAGA